AUGGACGACGUGCAUCCGCAGGCUCGGUCCCGCCAUCUGGUCGACAAGUAUGGGCCGAAAUUCGUCGACCGGACUGAGCAAUUCCAGCACCGAGUUGCCACGAUGAAAGCUGCCCCCAAUGGCAAGUCGGCCCAUCAGGGGCCUGCCGGGGGUUUCGAUAGCACCCCGUUUCCCCAUGCUCCUCCCGGCUACACCCUCAAGUUUACCUUUCACCGCGGCAUUAAUCUUCCUUGCGCCGAUUUUGGCAGCUUCUCCUCGGACCCCUACGUUGUCGCCCAGUUGAACGUCGCCCUCCCUGAGCGACACAAGCAAGAUCCCGGUUUUACCUUUCGGACCCCUACGAUACGUAAAAAUCGCGACCCCGUAUGGGAGAGCGAGUGGAUUGUCGCCAACGUCCCCGCCUCCGGUUUCACCCUCAAAUGCACCGUGUACGACGAGGACGCCGCCGACCAUGACGACAAGCUGGGCAAUGCUUACGUCGAGGUCGGCUCGAUUCAUGACGACUGGGCCAGCAUCAAGCAGCAGACCUUCAAGGUCAAAAAACGUACCGGGAGCAAACGAGUCUACCUGUUCGGUAAUAUUGCUGCUUUGGCCUCGGGGCGUUUGGACACCGGCUCGCAUCUUUUGAUCAGUGUGGAGCUCCUCGGAAGGACCCCCGGAAACGAAGGCGCGCAGGUGUACACCGCGGGGCCAAACUACUGGUUCAAGCAUCAUUCGCCGCUCAUUGGAAGACUGGCCGGCACCAAAGAUGAAGUUCAGACUCAGGAUGGUAAAAAGGCCGCCACUCGAUACAAUUUCCAAGCCAUUCAGAUCCAGCUCACUGGCCCUGUACCCGCGGAGCUUUACCAUCGAUAUGUCGAGUUCAGACCCUUCGUCGCAGGCAUGUUCACGUCCCAGAGCUUGCGGGGGCGCAUUCUCAACCGAGCCUUGCAUCACCAGCAUCAGCGGAUCUACAACUUUGAUCGCUCCACGCUUAACGGUCGGUUUGAUUCGCCAUGCGUUGAGCUUACGCAGAAAUUCCUGGAGUUUGUUCAUUAUGCCCAAGGCGGGCGCAUCUUCACCUAUGUCCUUACGCUCGAUGGUCAGCUUCGCUUUACGGAGACCGGGAAGGAGUUCGGCAUCGACUUGUUGAGCAAGCAUACCAUGCAUAGCAAUGUGUCCAUCUACAUUGCCUACUCCGGAGAGUUCUUCCUUCGUCGGCGCCUGCACCGCUCACGACACCAGUCCCGACCCUCGCGCACGUCGGAAUCUGAGAUGCCCACGGAAGAUCAGCUCUCGGAAGAGUCCGACAUUUCAACCGACCCGGCGGACUACGAGCUUUUUAUCGACAACGACAGCGGCACUUAUCGGCCAAACGGCCAAUAUCUCCCCCUUCUCAAGCAAUUCCUCUCGAAAAGCUUCCCCGAACUCAAUAUUACCACCUUAGACUGCACGGAGGAUGCCGAACAAAUGGCCACGCUGAAGGGUGAGCAGCGGGAUUGCAAGAGAGAAGGGGGUCAGAUGACGUUCCUGCAGCAGAGCAGCACUUCGUCGCUUUCCAUCUCGAGCUCGGACGAGGAGGAGCUCGACGAACGCAGCGGGAUGCCGCGCAGAAAGCGUGGGGACCUAUCGCAAAGAGUGCACGACAUGCGGGACGUGAAGGGUCAGUUCAAAAAGUGGGCGCAAACGGAAAAUUAUGAGAGUGCCAACGGUCCUGGCCCCUACUCGUCCACUCGAGUGGCUCCAGUUACGGAUUCACCUGCAAAGCCUGCCGAAAGAGAGGAUGUCAGAUAA